CUCUUAAAAUUUUUGCAACUUCCUAAAUUUGAACAAAAUGCUAGCUACGUACGAAAGCCAGACUGUCACAAUACCAAAAUAUUCACUGAUGGGACCAUUCCGAGGCCACAUGAGCAUCAAAAGCAGCCCUUUCAUGCCUGGAUCUUCAUCCACACUGUCAAGUCAAUACAUCGUUCAAGAUCACAUGGCAACACAUUACCGGAAACUGCUUUCUGCAAAAGCUGCUGUUGAUACAUCAACUCCCAAGACUUUAUUUACCAGCAUUAAAUUUAAGGAUCAACAGAAAAAAGAAAAACUUAUCAAAGCCGUUGAUAAAUACAAGAAAGAAAUCCAGGAUAUUUAUUCUUCAUCUCAUCAUUCCGGAGAAACAUUCCCCGAACAAUGGACGCCAAUAAACAAGGAAUACCUGCAUUCUGUUCUAAAAGAGAAUCCAGGUACCAAAGAUGGACAAAGUUUUCAAGGAUGGAAGACAAUAAAACGAUCUCAAUCUCCAGCUCAGAUAGCAAGAGAAACCAUGUUUAAUAUUCAACGAGGAGACUAUCACAGGGGUUUUUCAGUACUACCAUCCAGUGGGCUCCGUGCCAACUACCGGCCAACCAGCAACAUAGGUGAAAAGAAGAAAACGUACCAUGAUCCUGAAAAGAAAACCUACAGCGGAGACCUGCUCGAUAAACAUGCAGAAAGAUUUACAAGUGCAAAACAACCUUUUAAGCCGCGUUUACUAAAAAAAUCCUCCCAGUCUUUUCUUUCCAAUUACAAGUAUUACAAACCUCCUGGCAAGAAAAAUAGUGCCAAGCAACCAUCACCAAAAUCUGUCUUCGAAAGUCUCAAAGAACGUCACAGAUAUUUGGAAGAAAAUAACAUACAGUCUGAAAACAUCAGUCGACGAUUAGAUUCUGCAAGAAUGAAUCCUGCAGAUCCUUCCAAACUACUACAACAGGAAGAGGACCUGAAAUCUCUUCAAUUUCUGCAAGAUCUCACCAGUGACAUUUUAAUCAGAAGCUGUGGGUCCACGAGAGCUAUGGAGCAUGUAUUCCAAGAACAUCUUCAAAGACCACAUCCUGACAUUGAUUGGAUUAAAAAGAAGCUCUUAAUACGAGACCUGAAGGAUGAGCUUGAGAAGAAUGAAAAAUUGGACUUUUCAAUCAGCUAUGACGGGGCUCAAUAUAAUUCUUAAAAUAUCCCGCUGGAUGGAAAAUUGGCUAAGCUCCUGGAUACCCAGAAAACAUAGGAAGACAAGCACAUGUAAUGCCAGAUACACAGAACAAUGAAGAAGAAUAUGAAAUUUAACAAAUUAAGCCUAAUCUAUUUAGCUUGACUUAAUAUGCAUGAUGACAAAAGCAUUCCACAUCAUUUACUGGAAAUCCCAGGCGCAUGUUGCACAAAAACAUCAUCAAUUGAUAAAUGAACUAUUUGCAAUAUAACUGCAGUGUGUGAGAGCAUCGCUUCCGGACAUUAUCUUCGCCAGGAAUACAGUACCAGUAGAGGUGCAGUCGCUUAUUUUUAACGACACUAAUUAUUUAAAAAUGAAGUGGUUUGCAAACUGAUAUUUUGAAUAUAAUGCUUGAAUGCUGUUUAAAUGUUUA